AUGUUCUUCCGACCUUCACUCCUCGUCUCUGUCGCUGCCCUUCUGGUUUCGGUCGUCGCCUCACCCUUGCACCCAAGGCAGUCAUCGAACACGAAUCCAGCCAUCUACCAGGCCAUCUCUGUUCUGUCCCGACAGAUUCAUGUUAAUAUCCCGGAGCUAAAUACGCUACAAGCUUCGGGGGGUGCCACUGAUCUGACAGUUAGAAACGAACUCAAUGAACUCACCGACGCUUUCACCCUCGCGGCAGCCACCAUUACGAACACGGCUGUCAGUAGCGGCGACACGACGAAUUUCCCGACGAACGACGACAUCAGUAUCACAUACGCCGUAGCCCUUCAACUGGUUGCUAGCACUGCUGCUGGAUUGAAACAAGUCAAUUCAUUAACGACGUAUACCACGAUGAUGUCCGACCUUGACCCAGCUAUUGCUGCUUUGCACGUUGCUUUGAAUCGGACGCUUCCCAAUUCGAUUAACCUCGUCCGUGUAAUGAUGCUCGAUGCCCAGCAAUUCUUGACACAAGCAGGACUUACGCAGUCUCGUGCUUCUCUCGGAUUUGCAUGA